GACGCGUCCUCACCAGCAGCGCGACGAACGAUGGUCAGCAUCACAGUCCAACCCGCGGGGAGACCCGUCAAGCUCGCCAAGGGUCUCCCUAUCAAGGUCGACCUACCUGGUAAAGAUGUCUCCACAGCCACUGUCGGCGACGUCAAGGCUGCCCUUGUCGCCAAGUUCCCCAGAUUCACCCCCUCGCGCCAGCGCAUCUCGGCCAAGGGCGACAACAAGCUCCUCCCACCCGAAACGACGCUCCUGAAGGCAGGUAUCGUCGACGGUGACGAGGUCACCGUGAAGGACCUCGGACCUCAAAUCAGCUGGCAGUUUGUGUUCGUGGUUGAAUAUGCCGGGCCGCUGCUCAUUCACCCCCUAUUCUACCACUUUUCAAAGCUGUUCUAUGGAGUUGACCAGCAACAUAGCACGCUCCAGAAGUUUGUGUAUACCUGGAUGCUCCUUCACUUCGCCAAGCGUGAAGUCGAGACCCUCUUCGUCCAUCGUUUUUCGCAUGACACGAUGCCCUUCUUGAACAUUUUCAAAAACUCGGCCCACUACUGGAUUUUCAGUGGCGCAUUCCUCGCGUACGCGCUGUACAGCCCCACCUACGCCGCGACGUCGCCCUACAUCCUCGGUACCGUGCGCAACGAUCCCAAGUUCCUCUGGGCAUGCACCGCCGUCUGGGCUUGGGCCGAGCUCUCCAACGCCUACACCCAUCUCAAACUCCGCGCCCUACGCCCGCCCGGCACGCGCACGCGCGCCGUCGCGACGGGCUACGGCUUCGACCUUGUCUCGUUCCCCAACUACCUCUUCGAGUCCAUCGCAUGGACAGUGGUGGCGCUCAUGACCGGCUCCUGGGCCGCGUGGUUCUUCUUGGCGAUUGGCGCGGGGCAGAUGUACCUCUGGGGCGUGAAGAAGCAUCGGGCGUACAAGCGCGAGUUCGGGGACAAGUAUCCGAAGGGGAGGAAGGUUAUGAUUCCGUUCUUGCUGUGAAGAAAUCCGAAUCGAUCGCUUAUGCCUUGGAUGGUGAAGCGGGGAGGGUGGGUCGAGACUUCCGCGGUAGACACUGACGCUUGAUGUGUUAUUGGUAGAUAUCACGCUUUUGAUAUCUAUUUCUUUCUCUUCCA